UUUAUAAACCUCUCUCUUCCUCUCUUCUCUCUCCUCACAAUUCUCUCACUUUCCAAUAUUCUCUCUCUCUCUUUUCUUGAAUUUCGAAAAACUCAGAGAUGGCUCAAGAAGAGGCACAGAAAUCGGCUGAUGUCGUCGUCCCCACGGAGAAACCAAUGACCGAGAAGGAGGUUACUGUUCCUGCUCCGGUACCGGAGAAAGAGGAGGUGGCUGCUCCGGUUGCCUCGGAUGAGAAGGUGGUGCCGGAGAAGGAAUCAGAGGAGGCGGAGAAAUCUGCUCCGGUGAAGGAGGAAGAGACGGUUGCAGUUGAGAAGGUGGUUGUUCCAACGCCUGAGGAACUCGAGAAGAAGGCACUAGAGGAGUUCAAGGAGCUCGUGAGGGAGGCUUUGAACAAACGGGAAUUCACUGCUCCGGCGCCGGUUAAGGAAGAUAAACCGGAGGAGAAGAAACCAGCAGAGGAGGAAUCCAAAGGAGAAGAGAAAACAGAGGAAGAAAAGAAGGAAGAAGAGAAACCGGCGGUUCCAGAAGAAGCCGUUAAGCCGGAGGAGAAAUCUGAGACGGCGGAGACCAAAUCGGAGACACCAGAAGAGAAACCAGCCACCGUAACCACAGAGAAAGCCUCCGGUGCUGAGGAAGACGGGACCAAGACUGUGGAAGCAAUCGAAGAGUCGAUCGUGUCCAUUAGUCCACCGGAAUCCGCCGCGGCGGUGGUGGUGGAGACCGUCGUCGCCGAGACGGAGCCUGUUGAGCCGGAAGAAGUAUCGAUCUACGGAGUUCCACUCCUCCAGGACGAGAGAUCCGACGUGAUCCUUCUCAAAUUCCUCCGUGCGAGAGACUUCAAGGUUAAAGAAGCCUUGACGAUGCUGAAAAACACUGUCCAGUGGCGCAAAGAGAUGAAAAUCGACGAGCUCAUCGAAGCCGAAGCCGCCGGAGAAGAAGCGAGCGAGUUCGAGAAGAUGGUGUUCGCUCACGGAGUGGACAAGGAAGGACACGUGGUGAUAUACAGCUCAUACGGGGAGUUUCAGAACAAGGAGCUUUUCUCCGACAAGGAGAAGCUGAACAAGUUCUUGAGCUGGAGGAUUCAGCUUCAAGAAAAGUGUGUGAGAGGUCUUGAUUUCACAAGCCCUGAUGCUAAAUCUUCGUUUAUGUUCGUCAGCGACUUCAGGAACGCUCCUGGACUCGGAAAGAGAGCUCUUUGGCAAUUCAUCAGGCGUGCCGUCAAGCAAUUCGAGGACAAUUAUCCCGAAUUCGCCACUAGAGAGCUGUUCAUCAAUGUCCCAUGGUGGUACAUUCCUUACUACAAAACAUUCGGAUCUAUUGUCACGUCGCCAAAGACUAGGAGCAAGAUGGUUCUUGCUGGUCCAUCCAAAUCUGCCGAUACAAUUUUCAAAUACAUUGCUCCUGAACAAGUUCCGGUUAAAUACGGUGGACUUAGCAAAGAUGUUCCUUUAACCACUGAAGACACCGUAACCGAAGCCAUCGUUAAACCAGCUGCCCAAUACACCAUCGAUUUGCCUGCUUCUGAGGCUUGCACGCUUUCAUGGGAGCUUAGGGUUUUGGGUGCUGAUGUGAGCUACGGAGCUCAGUUUGAGCCGACCACUGAGGGAAGCUAUGCUGUAAUCGUCUCUAAGAACCGGAAGAUCGGGUUAACCGACGAACCAGUGAUAACCGAUUCUUUUAAGGUGGGUGAACCGGGCAAGAUUGUGAUCACAAUCGAUAACCAGACUUCCAAGAAGAAGAAAGUGCUCUACAGGUUCAAAACUCAACCGAGGUCUGAUAUUUGAAGUAAAACUUGAGACCAUAUGUUACUUUACCAUAACCCAAAUCCAAGGAAGAAAAAGAAGAAGAAUGGUUAUUUUGUUAUUUGGGGAACCACAUUUUUAAUUAAUUAAUUUAGUUUGUUAUUUAUUAUGUAAUUUUGAAAUCUCAAAAGGUGGUUGUGUUUUGCUGGGACGUUUGCUUUGUUUUGAAUAUUGGGGGUUGUUUUGUGUGGAGAAUAUUUUGAUUUAAAAUUCAAAAGUAAAAAAAGAACACUUUGUUUCAUUAAUUUACCUUUUACCUUUU